AUGGCUACGUCCCGCGCAGACAUGAAAAUCGUCGUCGUCGGCGGAGGCGGCACGAUGGGUUCUUCUACCGCUCUGCAUCUUGUGCGGUCCGGCUAUACCCCGUCUAACAUCACCGUCCUCGAUACAUAUCCUAUCCCCUCGGCGCAGUCUGCCGGGAAUGACCUCAACAAGAUCAUGGGGAUCCAAAUACGAAACAAGGCAGACUUGAAGCUUAGCACGGAGGCGAGCGAUAUGUGGAAGAAUGAUGAGUUGUUCAAGCCUUUCUUUCAUAACACGGGCAGACUUGAUUGUGAGGGGUCUGAGAAAGGAAUUGCCUAUCUCAGAAACAAAUACCAAGCUCUCAAGGAUAUUGGUAUUGGGCUAGAGAAGACCAACGAAUGGUUGGAUAGCGAAGAGGCAAUUUUGGCAAAGGCGCCAUUGCUGUCGCGGGAUCAAGUAAAGGGAUGGAAGGCCUUAUUCUGUCAUGAUGGCGGAUGGCUAGCGGCGGGCAAGGCGAUCAAUGCGGUCGGAGAAGAAUUGAGCAAACAGGGAGUCAAGUUUGGAUUUGGAAGUGCUGGAUCCUUCAAGCAACCCCUUUUCGCUGAUGACGGUGUCACGACUAUUGGCGUUGAGACGGUAGAUGGAACGAAGUACUACGCCGAUAAGGUGGUCCUUGCUGCCGGAGCCUGGAGUCCGGUGCUAGUGGAUCUAGAAGAUCAAUGCUGUUCUAAGGCGUGGGUAUAUGCCAUGAUACAGCUAUCGCCUGAAGAGGCUGCCGAGUACAAGGAUUCGCCUGUCGUAUAUAACGGAGACAUAGGCUUCUUCUUCGAGCCUAACGAGGAUGGGAUAAUCAAAGUCUGCGACGAAUUCCCAGGCUUCACUCGCUUCAAACAACACCAGCCAUACGGAGCUGACAAGCCCAAGCGUAUAUCCGUACCUCGAUCUCACGCCAAGCAUCCCACGGACACAUACCCCGACGCUUCAGAGAAGACCAUACGUAAGGCGAUCGCGACAUUCCUCCCGCGCUUCACCGAGAAGGAGCUCUUCAACCGAGCGAUGUGCUGGUGCACAGAUACCGCGGACGGCGCACUGCUCAUAUGCGAGCAUCCGAAGUGGAAAAACUUCAUCCUCGCCACGGGUGACAGCGGACACACGUUCAAACUGUUACCCAUCAUCGGAAAAUAUGUAGUGGACUUGAUAGAAGGCAACCUAGACGAACUCCUAGCAGAUACUUGGAAGUGGCGGCCGGGAGGCGAUCCUUUGAAGUCGAGACGCGAUGCGUCGGCUAAGGAUCUUGCUGAUAUGCCCGGAUGGAACCAUGAUGCUGAGAGCGUGGUUAAAUUGUGA